UGCAAUGAGACUAUUGCUUACUUCUCUACCAACGAGAUUUUCCAAGCUUUCUGAAUGUUCGAAGCACCCCUGCUUGCCUCAUGACCAUGUCAAAGCUCUGAUUGGCUUCUGUAACUGGUUAAUACGGCUCGGUGUCAAAAAUGGCGACAAAGCUCUGACUUUGUCUGGCUGCUGUAAAUUUGAGCAUUAUUGUGCAGAAGUUUAUAACAUAACUUCUUCACAACCAUUAGCAGAGGGACAAACUCUUGUCUCUCCAGGCCACAUUUUCGAAUUGGGCUUCUUCAGUCCUAAUAAUUCUUCUAACAAGUAUGUGGGGAUAUGGCACAAGACUAUAUUUCCCCGCAAAGUUGUUUGGGUGGCCAACAGAGAAAAGGCUCUUUCAGUUACAGACACAUUGGCUAGUUUGACAAUUAACAGCAAUGGGAACCUGGAGCUUGUAGAUGGGAAACAGAGUUGUAUUUGGUCAACCAGUAUUUCAGUGCCAUCUAAUGGUUCAGCUGCACUUCUUUUAGACAGUGGAAACUUUGUUGUCCAAGAUGAUAUAGGAGCUCAAUUAUGGAGGAGCUUUGAUUUUCCUGGUGACACACUUCUACCAAUGAUGUUGCUGGGAUUCGAUAACAAAUCUGGAAAGAGGGAUGUCUUGACUGCCUGGAAAAGUGAGAGUGAUGGAUCAACCGGGUUGUUCUCGGUUGGAUUGGCACCACAGAUCCCAACACAAAUGUUCAUUUGGAUUAAUGGAUCAACUCCCUACUGGAGAAGUGGGCCAUGGGACAAAACAAAGUUCCUCGGCAUACCAGGAAUGAAGGAUGAAUAUGUAAGUGGAUUAAAUCUAGAUGAUAAUGUGCAGCAGGGAACAAAGUAUUUCUCUUUUUUCUUGAACAGAAUUCUGGCAUAUAUGGAAAUCUCUUAUAAAGGUACACUAAAGCUUAUGUAUUCCGAACAUGGUGAGAACUGGAAUCUUGACUUUGAGGCCCCAAAGAAUCCAUGUGACCAUUAUGGAAUAUGUGGACCUUUUGGGGUUUGCAAAGCUUCCGAGUCUCCAAUCUGCAAGUGUUUGAAAGGGUUUAAACCCAAGUCACAAGAGGAAUGGAGCAAAGGAAACAAGGCAGGGGGGUGUGUGAGGAAAACCAAAUUGUUUUGUGGGAGUAACACAAGUAACUCAGUUCCUCUGAGAGGAAAACAAGAUGGGUUUUUGAAAAUGUCAAAGGUAAACCUACCAGAUUUUCAUGAGUAUAUUUCGAAUUUGGGUGCUGAAGACUGCAAGGUACAGUGCGUAGGUAAUUGUUCUUGCCUGGCUUAUACACAUAUUAACAAUAUAGGGUGUUUGGUCUGGUCCAAAGACCUUAUUGAUAUUCAAGAGUUUGCCUCUGGUGGAGACGAUCUUUUUAUUCGCCUAGCACAUGCAGAAUUAGGUGAAAGAAAGCAAAUAAAGAUAAUGGUCAGCCUCAUAGCUGUUUGUUUUAUCAGUAUCUUGGCUGGCAUAGUGUUUAGCUUGCACAGAUUGCGAUCUAACCAAAAGAGAAACGUCAAAGUAACACCUAAGGACUCUGAAAUGGCUGAUAUGAUUGAGACUUCAAGAGACGCUCUUCUUCAUGAAUAUAUAAGAAAACAUGAUCCAUCAGAGCUAGUAAUCUAUGAUUUUGAUACCAUAUUAAUUGCUACGAGCAAUUUCAGCAUCACAAACAAACUCGGAGAAGGAGGAUUCGGGCCUGUAUAUAGGGGUAAGCUACAAGAAGGGAAGGAAAUAGCAGUAAAAAGACUAUCUAGUAGCUCAGUACAAGGCAUAGAAGAGUUCAAGAAUGAGAUGCUGUUGAUCUCCAAACUCCAACAUAAGAAUCUUGUAAGGCUCAUGGGUUGCUGCAUUAAAGAUGAUGAGAAGCUACUAAUUUAUGAGUUCAUGCCAAACAAAAGCUUGGAUACUCUUUUGUUCAGUCCAAUGAGAAGAGCAGAGCUUGAUUGGGCUAAACGCUUCAAUAUUAUUCAAGGUGUUGCUAGAGGACUUCUUUAUCUCCACUAUGAUUCAUGUUUGAAGGUAAUACAUAGAGAUUUGAAGGUAAGUAAUAUUCUGUUGGAUGAGAAGAUGAGCCCAAAAAUUUCGGAUUUUGGACUGGCACGUAUCUUUGAAGGGACACAGAAUCUAGCAAACACUCAGAAGGUUGUGGGAACUCUUGGCUAUAUGUCUCCGGAGUAUGCCAUGCGCGGGAUAUUUUCUGAAAAAUCCGAUAUAUAUAGCUUUGGAGUCUUGCUGUUGGAGAUUGUUGGUGGCAGGAAAAAUACCAGCUUCUAUUACCAUGACCAACAGCUAGGCUUCAUAGAUUAUGCAUGGCACUCAUGGAAUGAAGGCAGGGGAUUGGACUUGGUUGAUGAAGUUUUGGCAGAUUCAUAUUCGUCAACAGAAGUGAUGAGAUGUGUGCACAUUGGGCUUCUUUGUGUACAGGACAAUGCUGCAGAUAGGCCAACCAUGCCAGAUGUAGUUUUCAUGCUGAGUAGGGAGACAGAUCGCCCACAACCUAAGCGGCCUAUUUUUACUUCCCAAAGCUCAGUCUCUGAUCCACAACCACAGUUUGACAAUAUUUGCUCUGCAAAUGAAGAUACCAUAACACUUCUUCAAGGACGAUAAGAAAUUGCAAAUUUUUGCAUCUACUGACUUUUGGCCAUUCUGAAGUUUUCCUUUUGGUAUAGUGAAUGAAGGUUUUCCUUUCAUGGGAUAUUUUGCUAAAAUGCGCCAAAAAAACAUUAUAAGACGGGUGUUAGUAGUAUAACAUCCCUUUAAUGUCCUGAUCCAAUGCUAGCCUAUGCUAUUAUUAGAUUUGAUACAUAUGUUUUGUAUGUGUUCAAAUAUCUUAUGCUAUUAUUAAAAGGUAAAGAAAAACGUGGUUUUUUGGGUUCAA